AAUGUUGACACAUUUUGCAUCGCAACAUUGAAUCAUAGCAACUUUUGCUGUAUAGCAAAUCCAACAUCAGAUCAGAUCGCGUAGUUAAUAUAUUUUUAUUUGGUUUGUGUAACUUUGCUGUUUUCUUGUGUAUAAAAACAUCUCUUUUAAAUUUUCAACAAAGAAAAACAAUUUCGAUUUCGUUAUUCGGAUACAGUGAUUCGAGUGCGCAGUUAGCUAAUAAUUGCUCCAAAUACUUUUACUAUUUUACACUGUGCACAGUGAACAUCAUGGAUGCGGAAAAGUCCAGUAGCAGCUCUUUUGAGGAUCUCUCAAACCUCAAUGAACAAGAACGAGCUGAAAUGAACUCAGAACAACAGAAGGAUCCGCCAGUCGAGCAGAAAAAUGACACUAUGGACAUUUUGGGCAAUGGAUCUCUGUUAAAAAAGGUGCUGAAAGAGGGCCAGGGCGAACGUCCAGAAAGCCGUGAUAUUGCAGUUAUUAACUUCACUGGACGCCUAGAGGAUGGUACUCUGGUGGAACAGGAGCAAAAUUAUGUGGUUCAGAUCGAUGAUGUCGAAGUGGUACAGGGUUUGGAUAUGGCUCUUAAGUUAAUGAACGUUGGUGAACAAGCGGAGGUGGUAGUAGACGCAAGGUUUGCUUAUGGUGAACAAGGGCUUAAGGAUGAGGAUCAUCCCGAACGAAAUGUUCCACCGAAUGCAAAAAUCAUCUACACAGUGGAACUGCUGUCGACUAAGGAAGAGAAUGACCUAGAGUGUAAGUCAUAUGCCGCACGAAAAGAGAUUGGUAACAAAAAACGUCUAAGGGGAAAUUUUUGGAUGAAGCGACAGGAAUAUAAUUUGGCUAUCCAAAGCUACCGGCGAGCACUGGAGUACCUAGAUGAAAGUGAAGGCGGCAUUACCAAUCCAACGUCUAGUGGAGAUUUAGAACCAACAAAUGCGGAGUUGCAAGAUCUUUUGGAAGACCGCAUGAAAGUUUAUAAUAAUUUGGCUCUUGCUCAACUCAAAAUCGCAGCAUAUGACGCGGCAUCAAAGUCUGUAGAUCAUGUACUGCAGUGUCAACCGAAUAAUGCAAAAGCAUUAUUUCGAAAAGGAAAGAUUAUGGAUGCUAAAGGCGAUACCAAAGCAGCAAUUACCCUUCUACAGAAGGCCGCCACUAUUGACGAGGACGACAAAUUGAUUCAAUCCGAACUUUCAAAACUCAUUCUCAAAUCAAAAAGAGAAGCGCGCAAUGAGAAAGACCUUUACCAAAAGAUGCUUGGCCACGCACAGAAAUUGGAGCAAAAAUCGAAAGCAACACCUAUAACCCAAAAUCGUGAAGCAUCUAAGUUCAAACUGUGGGGCUAUUUGAUGGGAUCUAUCCUGAUUGGUGUUGCCGGUGUAGCCAUCUAUCGAUAUAACAAUAAAUACUUCUAGGCGUCUGAGAGCUGAAGAACGUAAUAAUAACUAGAAAAUAGAACAAUUGGCGGUGGUUCAUAUAAACUGGUACUUUCGAGAAAAAGCUGUGCUGUUUAGAGAACGUUUUCUUUCGAGGCUAACAAGACCGAACAAAAGCAGCAUUUUAUCCCAUUUGUCCCUAUGCAUCAAAGUAAAUUGUUCGCACAUGAAUGUGUUUGAAUAUAAUUUACUUAUAUAAUCCCGGGUAUAAACAGUUUUCCAUUGUUCUAAAAUUAGAGAUGUUGAGGAAAGUGUGCAGAAGGUAUGUGUAGGGAAAGCUGGUAGUCUUUUAAGCAUUACACUCUCUUAUACUAUGAAGUAAUAGGAAAAUCAUUAAAUCAGAUUCGAGGUGACAGCAAAAACCACAAUCUUUAUUUGGAGAAUAGCAAACAGCGUGAUUCAAACGGCAUUUGUUUUAACUUUCACCACGCUCGCUUGAAUUCGGGCGCAGCUAUCUUUUUAUAUCUGACCUUGCUAAUCAAUGCGAUUUUUAUCUUAUCUACAGCGAUACAAAACCCGUCGGUUCUUUAUUUGUACUGUUGACUACAUAUUUUCUAUUAUAUUUAACGUUAGCAAUAUCUAUAAUGUAAUCGUUCUCGGCAAACGUUUUUUGUCAUUCCAACAGAUCCAGGUUAAAAAGCGUUGUGUGUGUAGAUUAUUUGUAUAAGAAAAUAAAUAUGUAUGCUUACA